ACAUUUAAAAAAAAAUUAAAUCUAGAAUCUAGAGAUAGAUCUAGAUCUAGAUUUAAUCAUUAAUGACUACUUGUUUGUGAUUGGUUUCUGUACAAGGCAGCCUAGAUCUAGAAAUCUAGCACCUGAGUGAUCGAGUGACUGAGGCCACUGAGGGUAGGAUUGGAGCAAAGAAAGGUGCUAGCUAAGCCCGGCUAAGGACUUCAUCAAGCACUUCUUCACCGGACUCUGUUCUGGGCAGAUUUGAGUCCAUUAUAAUUUAAGGAUGCUUAAAAAAUUUAGUGAUGCUCAAACUGUUGAUAUUUUCAAAGAUGAGAGAGAUGGCAAAUUGAGGGAAGUUGGAAACCAAGCAGUUUGGUCUCUUUCAUCAUGUAAACCAGGUUUUGGUGUUGAUCAGCUUCGUGAUGAAUCUAAUGAUACAUACUGGCAAUCUGAUGGUCCUCAACCUCAUACAGUUAGUAUUCAAUUCAGGAGGAAAACUGCCAUACAAGAUGUCUGUCUUUAUGCAGAUUACAAGUCAGAUGAAAGCUACACACCAAAUAGGUUGUCUAUAAGGGCAGGUAAUCAUGGCAAUGACUUGUGUGAAAUUGAACAGGUAGAGUUAUGUGAACCAACAGGCUGGGUGUGUAUUCCUCUAAAAGACGUUCAUGACAAACCAAUACGAACAUUCAUGAUUCAAAUUGCAGUCUUGAGUAACCACCAAAAUGGACGGGAUACACACAUAAGAAGAAUUAAGAUCAGGUCACCAAUAAAUUAUGGAGAUGUGCCAAAUUCAAAUCAUUCGGCUUUAAGUAAUUUGUUGUAUACAAUUAGGUGAAAAGCUAAAGUCAAAGAUAACUGUAAAGAUUAUUUAAAGGCAUUUUUCAGUGACUACUUUUUUGCAAAGACUUUAACUUGCACAAGAAUAAAACAGAUUUAUUUAUCCAUUUCUAUUUCAUAAAUUUUUGUUUAACUUUAACUGAAAUACUGAAGUUGAAAAGUAAGUUUUCUACAGACUUGUAUGUUUAUUGAUGAAACAUGUUUAGUUAUAAGUUAUCAUAAUGUCUUCAAUAAAUUAUCUUUGUGGAUGUUAUAAAAUCCUUAUUGUAUAUUGAAAUGUGACUUAUGUUUGUUUUAAAUAUUUUUGCAGCAUUGUUUUGGUGAACUACUAAAAAAUUGCCAGAAUUAAUGCUAAUAUUUAUUUGAAAUAAUUAAGGACGAUAUAAUUAAUACCAGAAUGUGUAUUUCUUAGUGCUGUAAAGAUUGUUGAAGAUUGAAGUAUAAAUAAAAAUCAUAGCAAUG